UAUAAAACAUACUUCACAUUCUUCAUUACUCUCUAACUCAACUCGAUUAUUUAAACCAGAAAAAUAGAAUUGAAAUCUAAUAAGCGUCAACAGACUAAAAAGUAAAUUUAAAUUUAAACAAAAGAAAAUGAGCGCUUUAUCAUCAGAAAAUGACGUCAUCGAGUUGCCAAGUGAGGCACCGGCACCUCGCUUGUGUCGGAUGGUCAAGAGAUCGGACUUUUCAGGGUUCGGCUUCAACUUGCACGCCAACAAAGGAACACCAGGGCAGUUCAUCGGCAAAGUUGACGAGAAUUCUCCGGCCGAACGAGCUGGAUUGAAGGCGGGUGAUCGAAUCGUGGAAGUGAACGGGGUGAACAUCAGCAACGAAAAUCAUCAGCAGGUGGUCCAGAGAAUCAGAUCAGGCGGGGAGGUAACGGAAUUUUUGGUGGUGGAUCAGGAUGCUGAUGUCUUUUAUUCACAUAGGAAUAUUGUCAUCAGUAGCAAGUUAUCUAACGUUAAAAAGAUAUCGAGCGAGGAUUAUGACGGUUACCAAGUUGGUGGAAUGAACAAUCGAGAUGCCGAUGGCGCUGAUGAUGAAAAAUCAAAUGGAGAAGAGCAGAUUCCAGUAAAUGAUCCUCCCUCCAAAGCCAGACUCUGCCAUCUCAGGAUCUGGCCAGAUUUUGCCGGGUACGGUUUUAACUUGCACGUGGACAAAGACAGUCAGUUGCAUUACGUGGGCCACAUUGAUGAGGGGUCACCCGCCCAACUGGCCGGCCUCAGAGAAGAGGACAAAUUGAUUGAAGUCAAUGGCGUCAAUGUCGAGGAAUACAGUCACGGCGACGUCGUGAAAGCCGUGAAGGAGAACUCCGAUCACGUGACGUUGUUGGUGGUGGAUGACAAAGCAAGAGAAUUCUUCAAACUCAAUGGAUAUAAAAUCAGCAGCAACUUUCAAUUCAUCGAGGAAAUAUCCUGUCCAGCUACCAAUCCAAUUUCCGCUCUAGCGACCACGCCAACCACAGCCGAGGCCAUUGAAGCUAUGGCUGCAUUCGAUGCCAUUAUUAUCCACAACGAAGACAAGGAGGAAAAGGAGGAGAAGGAAGAAAAGGAUGAUGUUGGUGCUAAAAACGAAAUUAUAAAAGAGAUUAGACCAAAACUGCGUCUGUGCAUCGUGAAAUCCUGGGGUGAUGGAAAGGGCUUCGGUUUCAACAUGCUCUCACAUAAGGGGAAACCUGGACAAUACAUUGAAAACGUUGAUAACAAUUCCCCAGCAAUGCAUGGAGGGUUGAAGAAAGGUGACAUAAUUGUGGCGGUCAACGGGAAUGAUGUGGAAGGUCUGUCCCAUGGUGAGGUGGUGGACUUGAUCAAGAGCAACUUGAAAGAGACGAAACUCUUGGUGGCUGAUGUCGACACCAAACAAUUCUACACUGAUAAAGACAUCAAACUCUUUUCCCUCUACAAAGACGCCACCGCUGACGAUGAUUGUGCGUAUGAAAUCAUUGAGUGUCCAACAGAUAAACCACAAAAUUUGACGAACGGCCAGCCGAAGGAAAGCAAUACGUCGUCGUCUGCAGCAAAAACGGGACGACCAUCUGAGUUGAUAUUGGACGUCAAGUCAAUUCCUGUUUCCAAGCCUGGAGUCAACCAAUCACCAGCCUCUCCCACGCUUAUCAUUGGUGGUGUUGAAUUUGCAGCAACAGCUGAAGAGGCCAGGAAGAGGAUGGCCAAGAAGAAGCACGCUGUUGCACAACAACUCAGCAUUCAAGCCAGGUAUGAAAUGUUCCAGAAAAUGUGAUGAAGUAGGAAGGCAGCGAUACAGCGAUGGAUAUCGGCUUUGUCGGUAGUUAUGAGUGAAAGACGUUUAUGGGUGAAUAGAUCAUGAAGUUAUGAAGAAAAUGAAAAUAUUAAAAAAUAGAAGAAAAAAGAGUAGAAAGAGAAAGAGGUAGAGAGAGAGAGGGAGAGAAAAUAAGAGAAAGAGAAUAAAAAAGAGAGCAAUAGAAGUAAAAGAGUAAACGAAAGAAAUAGUGAAAGUGAAUAACGACUGCAACUUAUUGCCACACAAAUUUAUAUAAAAAUUCGCAACUAUUUAUAAAAACUGAUUCCGCUGUACUGAUAAUUUCUGUGAUUGAUUAAUUCAUCAAAAUGCUUUCCAUUCACCUUUAAAUUUGUAAAUUAUUCGUUCAAUUAUAAUUGUUGUAUCCAAUGUCAAAAAAUUCUAUGGCUCUAACAGAAUUAUAGUAAAUUCAAAAUGUUGUGAACACACGUGAACUGAUAGAAAGAAAUAAUCAUGCAUGCCUAAGCUGUUAACAAUACUGAUAAGGUGAAUUUAUUUUCACAAUAUAUCACCAUUGCCACUUAAAUGUAAUCAAAUUUCAUUUAUAUCAAACGGUGAUAAAAAUAUUCAUUAUUAUUUUAUUUAGCUAACAUAUAUUUAUUAUUACUUUAUUCUUAUUGAUCAUAGAUAUACUUUUAUAGACAUUAUUCAGUUUUAAAAAUUCAGACGCAUUUUCUUGAAAUGUCAAAAUUUGAUAAAUAAACUGAAUAAAAUUAAUUCAGUUACUCAUAAGCCAGCUAAAGGUUCUUAUCCAGUGUUUAUAUACCUACUAAAAAUGAUUCAAAAUUCAAACGUCAUUUUGAUCAUUUAAUUUAAAAUGCAUGCAAAUAUGCCUGGCUUGAAGCUAAGACUCAGUUAAACUUGCGUGUACGACAAGAUUCAGAUUUGUGCAGUGUUCACCUGUGCCAACCAUCACAUCAUAUCAGUAUUUAUUGCGUUUCAUUAUUUUGUACCUUCUUUUUUUAUCUUUGUCUGGAUAUUUUUAAUAGUUUCAUCAAAAUAUUUAUUAUUAUGUGACUUUUUUUAAUACAUAAAUCAAAUUAUCUGUGAUUCUCUGAUGACAUGUUUGUUCAAUAUGGUGAUGAAAUUAUUAACUACUAAAUCGCCAUCACAAUUUGUAUUCCAUAUUUUUUAAACUGAUUCAUAAUUUGCCAAUUUAUUUAAUUAAUUGUUUUGUGCGUAACUACUCCUUCACAAUUAAUUACUGUUCAAAUAUAUAAAUUUGUAUCGAUUGUUGGAAUAAUAAAUUUUUUGUAGAAACUUUCAAAAAUUUCUAUUAUAUUUUUCUUUAAAACUUCAACUAAAUAUUUAUCCGAACAAAAAAAAAUCAUCAUGCAAAA